ACCUAUUGCAUCAUGACGAUUGUGGUGACUCAGAAAAAUUCAUCGGGGUCCCUCUUAGGAUGCCGACAAAAAGGGUGAGGUGAAUGUGGAGGACGAACUACGGUGGACGUUAAUGUGGUGAUGCCGGUUUGGGAUCCCGCCGCCAUGUCGGUCCCCACCCGAUCACGAGUAUAAAAUGGAUCUUGCGAUGGAGCUCUGGAGCUGUGACUUUGUCUUUGUCGAUCAUUCAACUUCUUUUUUUUUCUUUUUUUUUCCUCUUCGUCCUCUUUGCAUUCCUGAACAGUAGUCGUUGCGCCAUACUUCCUCCAAUUUUCCCCAACAAUCCUCCACGAGGAAUCACAACAUCACGAUGCUGUCCGGCGGCGCUCUGCCACAGACUCUGGGCUCUAUCACUGCUACAAAAAUCAAUGAGCUCUCCAAGCAACGUAACCUGUUCGAGAAGCGAAGGCAUGAAAUCACAAAAGCCGCCGAAGACGCAACAGAUUUACGCACGAAAGCUCGAAUCCUUCUGGAAGGAGUAACCAGACUUAAGGGCUAUCCCAACGUCGCCAUCGACCGUCACGACCUGGACGCAGAUGUUUCUGCAGGCGGAGAGACAUACGUCAAGGAUCUUUCUGAGGGGGCGGUGUACGCCAACAUCCGUCGCUUCCUCCUUCAAAGCCAGUAUGACCCGUCCGUUUCGGAGCGCAGCUUGAAAGGCUGGAUCUCAAAGCUGGAGAAGGAGCUCGAGUUUCUGCAGCUCAGACACGAACAUGCAUCUUUCUACAGCGAUCUGGUGACCGAAUGGCUGGGCGACCUCGAAGGGGAAGCCGCGUCGACUGCAGCGAGUGCCGGUGAGAGUAGCGCAAGCUUCGAGCAAGUUGGGCGUGCGGAGAUGCAUGAACAGCGCGCCAAGUGGGAGUCCCUGGUUUUCACCGAGGCAGAUAUCGAUGCAACUGCGAUCCGAAAGUACCUUGACGACAUUUUCGAAGCAACAAACCAGACACAGCAGGCAUUGAAGGCGCUUCGUGAUAGACUCCGUUCCUUCGGGACUGACUUCGCCUCGAAGAAGACCUGGUUCAAAGCUAAGGAUCUUACUUGGAUCUCCAAGUCACUGUUGAGCUCAGACCUGCUCACUAAGGAGAAGACGGCUGUCCUAAAGGAGUUCAUGCGCAACCCUGCUGUCGCACAGGAAGUCGCUGAUGUCCUCAACAUGCGCCUCAGUUCCUUGGAUACUUGGACAUGGCCUAGUGAAGGUAUCCCCGUGGAGAUGCGCCGGCAGCUGAAUGGAAAGUAUCGGGUGUUCAUGGACGAAGAUCUGCUGGAUAGCCUCAUGUUUCAGUAUCUCGGUGUGAGGUGGUCCGUCGCUCUCCGAUCGGCGUUUGAAGAGUUUUUGGGAUCCCCUGCCUGGAAGUCUCCGCGGGACCAGAUUUCCGAGGAGGCUGUCGUGCGUCGGUCCAGAUUUAGGAGAGAGUCUUGGAGCAGUAGCUCAGGCGCUCAGUCGGUCCAUGCGAUACGAAAAAAUAUGUUCAAGGAGGACUAUUUCAUGACCUCAUUACCCAGUUCGGUAGAAGAGACAUCUGGUCCUUACGCCGGUGAGGAAGCCGAUGAUGAGGAAGAGUCGAACAAGCAGAAGAAGAAUGGUCUGGAGAUUAAACAUUCGCUUCUACACCUUCUCAUCACCGAAUCACUCAUAUACACGUCCUUGCACGGGGAAUUCACAGCUAUUCGAUCGGACUUCGAAUAUUUCGGGCCUUCGCUCGCUCACACCACUAUCUCCACCGUGUUGGAAUACUUUGGAGUUCCACAGACAUGGCUGCACUUCUUCGACACUUUUCUCAAGGCACCCAUCUCGUUCGUCCAAGAUGGCUCCGAAGCCCACGUGUCGGUCCGCAGACGCGGAGUGCCGAUGAGCCAUAAGCUCUCGGAUUUCUUUGGCGAGGCCGUGCUGUUUUGCAUGGACUUUGCGGUGAACCAGAAUACGGAUGGCGGCUACCUUUACCGGCUGCAUGAUGAUUUCUGGUUCUGGGGCCACGAGGGAACUUGCGUCAAGGCCUGGCAAACCAUGACAUCUUUCGCAGAGGUCACAGGUCUCACUUUUAACGAGGAAAAGACUGGAACCACCCGGUUUGUGGCCAAGCAUACCACUGAACUGGAUGGUCAGUCAACACCGCAACCGAAGCCCAGGGAGACUAGCUCGUCCAGUGUACUGCCUAAGGGUGACAUCCGAUGGGGCUUCCUCAAAUUGGACCCCGAAGAAGGGCGCUUCAUCAUCGACCAGGCCCAGGUUGACAGCCAUAUCAGUGAACUUCAACGUCAACUCUCUUCCUGCAAGAGUAUCUUUGCCUGGGUUCAGGCAUGGAACAGCUACUUUGGACGAUUCUUCGCCAACAACUUCGCCAAGCCAGCAAUGUGCUUUGGUCGCAGCCACAUUGACAUGGCCAUUUCCACACUCAACCGUAUUGAGCGAAGCUUGUUCCCUGUCGAUGCCAGUGGCGUCACCGACUACCUCCGCCAUGAGAUCGCCAAACGAUUUAAUGUCCACGACUUGCCGGAAGGGUUCUUCUACUUCCCCGCUGAGCUUGGUGGUAUCGAACUGCUAAACCCGUACAUUCCAUUUCUCUCGAUGCGGGAGAACAUUAAGCACACCCCAGAGGCACGACUGCGCAAAGCUUUCAUCGAAGACGAAGCGGAGUACCUUGCAGCCAAGGAGCGGUACGAGCGGGACGGACCUCUCAAUUCCGAUUAUAGCAACUGGGGCGCAGGGUCGGAAGUCACCUCGGCCGUGUCGCUGGAGGAGUACACUCAGUACCGGGAAACCUACAGCCGACCACUGCUGGAAGCAUAUGAGGACCUGAUCCGUGUACCCGAGGAAGAGAGUGUCGACCAGACCGCCAAGUUUCAACGCCACCAGAUGUCGUUGGACGAAGGGAUCGAAGAGGAAGCGAACAAGCGUAAGAUCAUCUCCGGAGACUGGUGGUCCAUGUUGUCGUACUGGAGGUGGGCUGCAGAGCUGUAUUAUGAGGACAUGACCAGCAGAUAUGGGAACCUGGCGGCUGUCAACCGGGAAUACAUGCCCCUGGGAGUUAUCAAGACCUUGAAGGAGGGCAAAUUCAGGUGGCAGAGCUGAGAUCUCUGGAAAUCAUGAUGUUGUAUUUUAGUCAUAGCUCACA